AUGGCACCCACAGAAUUUUCAAUCCGGCUACAAGUCGGUAUCACAGGCGGUUUCGCUCCUCCCUCACCGUCGGCAAUCCACACCAUAAGCCGCUCAUCAUCUUCCCCCACUAUGGACAUCAACUCUCAGCAACGAGCUGAAGGAUCACAUGACCUUCGUCCUCAACCCACCAAAACACUUCCUGUUCAAACCCACAGCGAGAAUCUAGACUACAUCUAUAACACCUUGAAGGAGUUACCAGUCGAAGAUCCUCCUGGAAGUGAGGAUAUCUAUGGAUUAGAUACGGGAGUAAACUGGAAUGGCGAGGGGUUGAAGUGGAGUAAUGGUGGACCAGAAGGGUGUGGCAGUGAUUUCUCAAACGUACAAGCUGGGAAGGGGGAGAAAGAGAAGUUUGGAGAGGUUGUAAAGUUGAUUUUGGAAAUUGCGAAUGCAUCUGAGUAG